CUUACAGACAAACCAGACCAGUUGCACCAGGACCUAGGGACCGCGCAACUUGGUACAGGAUUGGUACAAGGGAGGCAUUUGAGAAAGAGGACGUGAAUCAUCAUAGUCAUACACAAAUUUGACUUUGAGUUCUUUGAUAUCCACCGAAUAAGUUCUUCGCACUAAUAAGUUUGUUGCAUUCACCACUCGUAAAUUUCUCAGAUCAUUUUCCAACUCGACGACAACUUCUAUUUGGAAAAUCAAUAACUGACAUUUCCGCGAAAAUGAGUCAAGUGUCACCGCCGAAAUCGAACGAGAAUGCCGCUCUUGCUCGUGAGCAGGAGGCGGGUAUCACUGGAUUUGUUGGCAGUGGUCGCAAGGAACAGCUGCGCGGCGUCUUCAAGCAGUACUACUUUGAUUUCCACGUCCACGAGGUUGGAGUGGAUGGUACCAAGGCGCAGUUGACGGAAGUGCACGACCGCACAGCAAUUCGUGAGAGCACGCGCGAAGCGAAGCGGGAAGCGACUGAACGGAAGGCGCGCUUCUUCGUUCCCACAUUCGCAUUCUCAGAAGAAGAGCGCAGCGAAGUGAGUGUAGCUUUGAUGCGCGGGGCAAAGGACGACGAACUGGAGAAAUCUUCACAAGCUGAGGCUGCGAAGUUAGAAAAAUUUCUGCAGACCGAGCUUCAACCGCGCGAAGGUUUUACGGUGCUGAAGGAGGACGAGGAAGCCAAGAAAAAGGCAGCUGCGGCAGAUCUGGCGAAGAGUCUGGAUGAGAAUGGGCUCGAGACGCUCUACUACGUGGAUCUCUGCGUCGGGGCCGGCGGAGAGAGCAAGGAAAGUAAGGAAACAGCCAAGAACGCGCGCAAAGCCUUCCAUGACAUAGUACGCGUGCGCUUUGCUGAGGUGCUUUCCUCCGAGAGCAGUCCGUUGGGACUCAACUACGUGCGUGUUUGGCGUCGCGACCAGGAACGCAAAGUCAAGGAAAACGCUUCUGAGUCCAUGCCGCUGUCGCGCCGACAGCAGAAGAAGAAGGGCAAGGGCAAGAAGGGUGAGCCAUCUUCUGCCGAAAUAGCUCCUGCGCAUAAUAACGAUAUGCUGGAGAACGGUGAAUUGGAUGGCCCUGGAGGCGGGUUUGAAGCCCAGCAAGCUCCGAUGAACCCUGCUUUGUGCCUCUUUCGCCAAGAGCCGUGGCCGCGUGACCGACCCGACAACCUCCUUUUCAUUCUGUACAAGGAGAACCGCGAAACCGGAGAGGCAAUCAACAGUAUUUCGCGCUCCAUGUCGAGCGACACGCGACCCAAAAAUCUGAAAUCCUUCGGUUUCGCUGGGACGAAGGACCGCCGCGGCUGCACCACGCAGUUUGUCACACUGUUCCGCACCAGCGAGCGACAAUUGCUGCAUGCUCGCUUUUCCAACGCUUGGGAUCCGCAAGUGUAUGUGCAACCGGUAGGUUACGUUCCGGACCGACUCCGCCUUGGAAAGUUGAAAGCAAAUCGCUUCGACGUUCUGAUUCGAAACCUGCAAUCUAUUGGAGCAGUUGAUGCUGCGCCUGCGACGAGUACAUCCUCAACUGGUGACAGUGCCGUGGAGAAGAACGUCGAGAUUAGUGCCGUGGAAGAUGAACAUCGAGGUCUCUGCCUUAAAGAGCCAGUAGCUCAAGCUUUCGCAACGCUGGAAAGCAUUGGCUUUCUGAAUUUUUUUGGGCUUCAACGUUUCGGUUCGGGAUCUAUUCGCACACACGAAGUUGGUGCAUUGCUUCUGCAACGCAAAUUCAAACAAGCUAUGCUGGCGCUGCUGGCAAACGCUGACUUCGGCUACGGUCCUUCUGGCAAGGGUGGCAAGAAGGGAAAAGGCAAGAAAGGAGCAGGCAAAGGCAAACAAAGUUGUGAAGCUCAAUCCUCGGCUGCUGAUGUAGAGAAGGGUGGAGAGGAUGGUGACGAUGAACCGGCGGCGAAGCGACGCAAAGUUGACACCUAUGCUGAUGCUGUGCGGGAGGAGCGCUGGGCUGAUGCGCUCCAUCUGAUGCCGCGCAGGCGUGGCAUUUUUAUCGAGCAAUCUCUGUUGGAAGCGCUGUCGGGUCAGUGCAUGUUCGGCGCAGAUUCCGAGAAGGGCAAGGGAAAAGGCAAAAAAGGUAAGGACGGUAAAGGCAAGGGCAAAGGCAAAAAGGGAAAGAAGGGUGGAAAGAAAGGCGAUUUUGGUGAAGAUCGAGGCGGCGAAGGCAAGCAGGUGAACGGACGAACGGCCAUCCGUGAUCCUCGUGCAGUGCUGGAGCAGCUCCCGCGGGAAACGGUUUCUCUCUACUACCACGCUCUGCAGAGCUACUGCUUCAACCGGGUUUUGGCUCGCCGUCGCGAGUUGUUCGGCAUCGAGAAACCCGUUGUCGGCGACUUGGUUUUUGUCGACAAUGCAACGGAAGAGGUGCCGGUUGAGGAUGGCGAUACGAACAUGGAGGACGGGGACGAAGAGGGCAACGAUCGCACAGCAGCUGAAGCUAAUGCUGAGGCCGCUAAGGACACUGAAUCGCAACAGCAGGGUGGUGACUCACCCGCGGCGUCUUCUGAAAAGGCAAAUAAAUCGUCCGAUGUGGAUUCGGCUGCGAAGGCAGAAAACAACUCAGUAACCACUUCUAAAAAGAGUGCCAAGGAACUAGGUCUUGAGCAGGCUUUGAAGCUGAAGCACGCAGUGAAGGCCCUGACAGAAGCCGAUUUAGACCAGUAUACGAUUGAAGAUGUUGUGCUACCACUUCCGGGGUUUGCCAUCACGUAUCCAGAGCAUUUGAAGGCGGAAUACGACAUUGCACUAUGUGAGAUCAUGCACAAAAACAAGUACGCCUCCUCCAAAACCGUAGAAGAUGGCACAGCCGAUUCAUCAACACUUCCGAGUAGCAUCACCUUGGAGACUUUCGGUGACGGCGAGCCUUCAGGAAGAACAUUGCGUGGUAUUUCCUUACCCGGUGGCUAUCGCAAGUGUGUUGUCCGACCCACUGAAAUGUCGUGGGACCUCGUGUCCGUCGAUGAAUCGCAAGUGCUCAGUAACCCACCCGGCUGGCAGAUUCCUCGAGUGGAAUCUGAUCUCGGAAAAAUACAGGCUGCCCAGAAGACCCAGGUUGAGGACGCUGAAAGUAACAACAGGACGGAGUCUGAACAGGUGAGUAAGGCAAACAACGAAGAAGGAGCUUCAAAUGUUGCUGCUACGACUGCUACUAGUACUGAUACGAAAGUGGAAGAGAAGAAAGCCGGCACGUCACAAGCCGUGGAGGGAAAGCACAGCGGGGAAGCUGUUGAAAUGAAGGUGCUUGCGGAUUGCGAAGCAAAAUCACUCGGAGAACAGGUACCUGGGUGUGGAUUUAAGGAGCCAGAUGCCAGCACCACAUCCGCUCAGUCCAGCGAGACAAGAUUGUCUCUGAGCAACGGGUCUACUGAUGCGGCUGCUGUCGGAGCAACAGGAACAGGGACCACUUCUCCACCUGAGGCGACGAGCAGGUCAAACGUGAAGAAGGUAUCAUGGGCGCUUCGAUUUUCCUGCACACUGCCGACGUCGGCGUACUUGACCAUGGCCUUGCGAGAACUUACAGGGUAUCCUGUUGAUUAG